CUAAUGGUGUAAGCGAUUAGUUUUGUACAUAUGUCACAUGACCUGUCAAAAUGGCGUUAGACUUACGAUUGAAGAAAAUCAACAAAGUUUAUAAGGAGGGGGACUUGGUGUCCGGGGUGGUGGUGGUGGAGAGUAAAGGCGAUUUACAACACCAAGGCAUUGUCCUUACAAUGGAGGGAGCGGUCACGCUACAGCUCAGCGCCAAAAGUGUCGGCCUGUUUGAAGCAUUCUACAACUCCCUUAAGCCAAUCCAGUUGGUGAACUACACACUAGAGAUCGCCAAGCCUGGUCGUCUACCGUCAGGAAAAACAGAAAUCCCCUUUGAGAUACCACUGAAACCAAAAGGAAAUAAGACCCUGUAUGAAACUUACCACGGCGUUUUUGUUAACAUACAGUACACACUCAAGGUUGAUAUGAAGAGAUCACUGCUCAACAAGGAUUUACAAAAACAGUGUGAAUUUAUCGUGGAGUACAAGAAUCAAGAGGAUAAACCCAAACUAAAGCCAGUUAACUUCACAAUUACCCCAGAAACACUGACCAAUGUCAAAGAGAAACAAAAUGUGCCAAAAUUUAGAGUGCGGGGGAAAUUAGAGACGUCAACUUUGUGUAUCACCACACCACUGAAAGGGGAGUUGAUGGUAGAUAGCUGUGAGUCUCAGAUCAAAUCUAUAGAGAUACAGCUGGUCAGGGUGGAAACUUGUGGCUGUGCGGAGGGAUACGCCAAGGACGCUACGGAAAUACAAAAUAUACAGAUUGCUGACGGAGACGUGUGCCGAGGUAUAGCUAUCCCCAUACACAUGGUCUUCCCGCGUCUCUUCACCUGUCCAACACUGUCUACAAACAAUUUUAAAGUUGAGUUUGAAAUUAACAUUGUAAUGGUAUUCCACGAUGACCAUCUUGUGACGGAGAAUUUCCCAAUUAAACUGACGAGGUUUUAGUGAGCGGAGAUCAUCAUGAAUGUGUGACGUGUGUUAGAAUGAAUGUGUUGUAGCGAUACGAAAGGACGUUUGAGUACGACUGUACUGAACAAAUAGAAAAAGAUAACAACUUUCUCUGUUAGAGGCAAGUAAAGGACUUGGUGCUGUGUAUGACAGAAUACCACAGGUGUGAAGUUUUCCUCUAAACUGAAGGCCGACCCUUUUCCAUUAUAUAGUGUUAACUAUUUGCAGUGUAUCAAGAAACACAGCAUCCUCGAAAUCCGAGGAUUUGGGUCUCGAUAUACGUAUCAUCUCUAGAUCUGCGCCCCGAGAA